AUGAGUGAGGCGGGAGAGGCCACCCUCACGGAUGUGGCCACUUUCUUCUGUCCUCAUGCUGCGUGGAAACCCCUAGCAUCCUUGAGAGGCAGAGACCAGAACCUCGCCCUAGACACAGGCCACCUCAGCGGGGAUGGGAUCCCCAAGGCCACCAUCAGAGGCGCCAAGGGAAAGGUGCCUAAGAAUGUCAUCGCUAAGAGGGUCCUAGGCUCUGUCGUGUGGUUUAAGGAGAAGAAAGGGUAUGGCUUCAUCAGCAGGCAUGAUACCCAGGAAGAUGUGUUUGUUCACUAUACAGUCAUCACUGGGAAAAACCUCUGCAAGUACCAAGGCAGCGUGGACGAUGGCGAGACGUUGGAGUUCGACGUGGUGCAGGGUGAGCGGGGCACCAAGGCCGCUAACGUGACCAGGCCAGCGGGCACACCACUGAAGGGAAGCUGCUACACUGCCCACCGCACCAGCAUCCACCGGGGCCUCAGCAUCCACAGCCAUGCGCUGCCACCGCGAGGUCCCAAGAGCAAGAAAGGUGAUCCUGAUGAAAACGAGGGCAGCGGUGAAGGCUUUACUGUGGCCCAGGGCCUCAGAUGCCCUCUGCCUGGCCAUUCCCAAGACCAACGACUGAGGUGUUUCCUGCCCCUCCCGCAGGGCCCCAUCUGUGACCUGCCACCCAUCGAUCCUGGCUACCACCAGCGGCCCCUGGUCAGACCGGCAGCCUGGGUCUGCCCCAACGCAAGGCAAGAGGGGCAUCCUCGGCGGGGUCUGGGCCCCAGCUACCUGCUGAGUCGCCCUAGGGACCGAAGCACCACUCCUGUUCCAAGAUGCUCACCCGGCAUCUCGCAGGAGCUGGAGGAAGAGUACAGCGAGAGCAGGCACGAACCCAGCAGCCAUCCACCACAGAGGCCCCCUCCACGCUAUAGAUCCUGCCGUCCCCAAAACCCGUCCUGCCACCCACAGCAAGUGCCUGGCGCCCAGGGACAGGAUUCCGAUGGAGAAGACGGCAAGAUCAGGAAGAGCUCCACUGAAACACCUGCUUCUGUCUCUGUUGACAAGAAGAAUGAUGCCCCUGAGAAGGAGAACCCCUCGGUCAUGGAUGCGCCCUCUGUCGCCCAGGCCUAG